UGGGCUGAACCACUUUUGGCUCGAAUCGCUGAAAACACGUCGAAUGUAGUAACACCAGUAAUUGAUACGAUUGAUUUAGAUACCUUUCAAUUUUAUUACACAACAAAUACUCGUUUAAGUGUUGGUGGUUUUAAUUGGGGUUUGACAUUCAACUGGCACACGUUACCGGACAGGGAUUUCAAGAAGAUGAAGAGCCGCAUUGAGCCAGUUCCUUCACCAACGAUGGCUGGUGGUUUAUUCGCGAUCGAUCGGAAUUAUUUCGAGAAAUUGGGCACUUAUGAUCCUGGAUUUGAUAUUUGGGGUGGUGAAAAUCUCGAAAUUUCAUUCAAGAUUUGGAUGUGUGGUGGUCGUUUGGAGAUAGUGCCGUGCAGUCACGUGGGUCACAUAUUCCGAAAGAAAUCACCAUACAAAUGGAGAACCGGUGUUAAUGUUUUACAGAGGAAUAACGUUCGAUUAGCUGAGGUUUUAUUUUUGGUCAUUUAG